UCAAAUAUAUAAUUAUAUAUAUAUCAUUAUACUUUAGACAGAAAUGAAUACCGACAGGAAAAAACAGAUCCGAUUUAAACCUGAGGAUGAUCUACGGCUUUUAAGGGAAGUUGUCGGGAGUAAUCCCCUGAGAAACAAAAACAAAUGGGCUGAAAUAGCUGAAACUCUAUCAACAUCGACUUUUAUUCUGGACAGUAGACGAGUGAGAGAACGUACAAAUCUCCUCAUUGAACAACAUAAACGAGAAACUAGGGAACAUCUUAAAAGAUCUGGUGUCGAUGAAGAUGUUUCGGAAAAAACAAACCUGCUGGACGAUGUCAUAGAAUUGAAAAAUGAAGAGGAGAGAGAGAAGAAAGAAGAAAAAGAAAAGAAGGACAGAUCAGAAAAUUUAGGGAAAGAAAUCAGGAAAAGGGCACUUGAAUGCCUUACACCAAAGAAAAACGACGAAUGCGAUUUGCCAGUACUCAAGAAGAAGAAUUCGCAGACGUAUCUUGUGGACUAUUUAAAAGAAAAAUCAGAAAAUGAGAUAUCUAUGAGAAAAUCAGAAAUGGAAGUAAGAAAAGAAGAAUUAAAGUUGGAGAAGGCAAAGUUUGAAAUGGAGCGAGAGGAACGGAUGCAGAGAAUGGAAAUAGAAAAGCAAGAGAAACUUGCUUUCAUUGAUUUACUUAAAAAAUUAACGAAAGAUAACUAAUCAUAAAAACUGUUCAGAAGUGUAAAAUUUUAUUCCAGAUAUUUGUUUAAUUUAUCUGAAUAAACUAAACCAUUAAAGUCA